AUCCCACGGCAUAACUGUACUUUGGAAAAACGGGAAGCUGCUUGCAUGGAUGAGUACCACUACAAAGUGGUGGAAGACAUCAUGGGAUGAACCAGUGAAGGGAAUAUGGCACCAUUUAAUCCUUGCCUGGGAUAAAGACCUUAAUGAGAUGCAAUUCUACGUUGAUGGAGUCGAAGUUGAUGAAGAUGAAGAACCGGACAAUCGGGCCGCCCCGCCCCAGCUCUACAACGACAUCUUCCUCGGGAGGCCAAACAAUGCAAUGUCCAACUUUGGUGAGGUAAUCAUUGAUGAGCUAAUGUUCUGGAAUGACCAUCAUGGAUUUGAGUUUGCCGAACGCCUUUAUAACAUGUAUGCAGACCACAUAUACUACAUGCCUAUGGAAGAGAGACGAGGAGACACUUUGGUCGGCUCGGGACUCAAUGGUAGAGUUUACAACAACGCCAGUUUGAUAGAGGGAAAGAUCGGCCAAG